GGAGAUGGAAGGAAUCCCCCGAAAUCCGGACAGAGACGAUGGCAGUAGCAGACACAGUGGGUGGCCGCCCACCAUUUUGCCCUUCUUCCCCGCGUCGCCAUGCAUCUAUCCGCCAAGCCCGCAGCACCCAUAUAAAAGUUGCAAUCUUUCUCUCAAUCCGCAGCCGCAGCGACUCGCUCGGACCCCCUCCCUGACCCCAUUCAACUAGCCCUGCAAAAAAAAAAAAAGACGGCCUUUUCUUUCUUUUUUGUCCUGUGGUUUCUCUACUCCACAGUCACCACAACAGUGGAGUACUAGUGUUUACUGUUUGCCUGCUUCGUCUCCGGGCAUUAAAGUCCCCGGAGCUAGCCUAGCGCACUAGGAGGCUGCUCGAGCUCUCGGACAUGGCGGUGGUCUCCGGUCCGGACAAGGGCCGGGGAGCGGAGGCGGUGGUUGUGGUGGCCGUGCGGGCCGCCGCCAGGGACAUCUCCAAGGCCGCCCUCGUCUGGGCUCUCACGCACGUCGUCCAGCACGGCGACACCAUCCUGCUCCUCGCCGUCAUGCCGCCGCCGCACAACUCUGGCAAGAAGUUCUGGGGCUUCCCGCUCUUUGCAGGGGGUUGUGCGAGCGCCCACAGGAGCGUGUUGACUCAGAAUUCGGAUGUCGCUGAUUUGUGUAAUCAAAUGAUGCUGAAACUUCGUGAUUUUUAUGAUCCGAACAAGAUAAUUACAAAACUUAAGGUUAUCCCUGCAUCUCCUGGUGGUGUGGCUACUGAAUCAAAGCGUGCCCAAGCAAGCUGGGUUGUGCUAGACAAGGAGUUGAAACAUGAAGAGAAACGUUGCAUGGAAGAACUUCAAUGCAACAUUGUUGCUAUGAAGCGCUCUCGGCCCAAAGUUCUUCGUCUGAAUCUGGUGAGGUCUCCCCCAAAAGAAUCAAAAUCACCUCUCCCGCCACUUCCUGAGUUGAGUGAUUCAGUUGGUGAAACCGAAAGCAGUAUCAACGAACAGCGAUGUCCGAUUCGUGAACCGGCUGUGACACCAAGUAGCAGUCCAGAGUCAGAAACAGCUUUUGGUAGCACUGAUGUUGGAACAUCCUCCGUUUCAAGCUCAGACCCUGGCACAUCUCCAUAUUCUGCUUCAGAAACGAAUAGCACAUUCAAGAAAGAGGCAACCAAGGAUAACUUCCAGCACUCUGAUGUCAAUGUAUCUGAUUCUGAGAGUGAAGCUUCAACUCCUCCAGCAGCAUCAUCCCUUCAGCCAUGGAUGGCUGACAUUUUAAAAGGAUCUGCGUCCUCAAGAUUAGCAGGAAACCGUCCUAGAAGAACUCGUACUCCUACCGCAGAUGCUUUGCUCGAGAAGAUCUCGAAGCUAGAUCUCUUGGCUGAAAUCAGUGCAAUCAGAAGCAGGUCUGACUUGAACUUCAGAGGAAAUGUGAGAGAUGUUGUUUCAUUGUCAAGGAGUGCACCUCCUGGACCACCGCCUCUGUGUUCAAUUUGUCAGCAUAAAACACCUGUAUUUGGGAAACCUCCACGGUGGUUCAGCUACGCGGAACUGGAACUUGCAACUGGUGGCUUCUCCCAAGCAAAUUUCUUGGCUGAGGGUGGGUUUGGGUCUGUUCACAGAGGUGUCCUACCUGAUGGCCAGGCAAUAGCUGUUAAGCAAUACAAACUUGCUAGCUCCCAAGGUGAUGUUGAGUUUUGCUCAGAGGUGGAAGUUCUAAGCUGUGCACAGCACCGGAAUGUUGUAAUGCUGAUUGGUUUCUGUGUCGAAGACAAGAGGCGUUUGCUAGUUUACGAGUACAUUUGCAAUGGAUCGCUGGAUUCCCAUCUCUAUGGCCGUAACAAAGAGACGUUGGAAUGGGCUGCAAGACAGAAAAUUGCAGUAGGAGCUGCGAGAGGGCUGCGAUAUCUCCAUGAAGAAUGUAGGGUUGGUUGCAUAAUCCAUCGUGAUAUGAGACCAAACAACAUCCUUGUCACACAUGAUUUUGAACCACUGGUCGGAGAUUUUGGGUUGGCUAGAUGGCAGCCUGAUGGAGACAUGGGUGUCGAAACAAGAGUAAUUGGCACAUUUGGUUAUCUGGCACCUGAAUAUGCGCAGAGUGGGCAAAUAACCGAGAAGGCCGAUGUGUACUCAUUUGGGGUUGUGUUAGUGGAACUUGUCACUGGACGCAAGGCUGUUGAUAUUAACAGGCCAAAGGGCCAGCAGUUCCUCACUGAAUGGGCACGGCCUUUACUGGAAGAGUACGCGAUCGACGAUCUGAUCGACCCACGGCUAGGGGACCGGUUCAGUGAAAAUGAGGUCCUGUGCAUGCUGCAUGCAGCAAACCUGUGCAUACGGCGUGACCCUCAUUCGAGGCCUCGCAUGUCCCAUGUUCUACGCAUACUGGAGGGCGACAUGGUGGUGGAAUCAGGUUGCGUUUCUGCUCCAUGCAGUGAAGCUGGGAGCAGGAGCCGGCGAAUGCUUCUCCAACAAGAGCAGCAGAGCAGCCCGGCUCAGCAAGAUUCACAGAUCAUGGUUGAUGGUAAACCACAGUCCUAUGUGGCGAGGAGAAUUGCCUGGGAUAGAGAUACGCAGAGCUUGUCCCACAGAUUCUAGAAUCUCCAUCUGCACAAGAAUGCAGCCAAUUCUGUGCAGCCUGUACUGAUGCAAUUCUUUUCUGCUCUGCUCAAGGCCUGCAGUGUGUGUACAGUAGUAGUGGUGGUGGUGGUACAGUAGUAGUAGGCUUACAUUAUCUUGAGCUCUAUCUAGGCUUGUAAGUGCCUGUUUUGUGUCAUGAACGGGGGAAAACCAUCCAUGGGUGUUUUAUGGGAGGGAUUGUUUUGCUUGUUUGGAAUCUCAUGUGUUGGGAACAAGAUAGACAAGAUUGGGUUUGCUAUUGCUUGUUCUAUGGCUAGGAUGCUGAUGUUUUUGUCA